AUGGCAAACUCUCCAGUAGAUCACGGUGAAGAAGCUUCUUUAUUUGAGUCAACAAAAAUGAAAGCUGAGAAUAAGGAGAUGAGUAGGUUGAAGAAGUGGAAACAAAAACAUACCAAUAAUAUCGAUGGAAAGAACGAGCAGAACAAUCAAAACUGGAGUGAUGAGCUUCAUCUUAAAUUGGUUACUCUUUUUCAAUUUCUCCAACACAACUCUUCUGAUGGGUUGGUAUAUGAAGAAAAUGAAGGGGGACUGAAAGCGGUAGAAGCAAGAAGGUGUGAAGAAAAGUUGAAUGAGGAUUGUCAAGAAGGGAAAUGCAACAGCGAUUGUCGGAAGAAACAUGGAAACUCAGCAAGUGGAAUGUGCAAUGCUAUUGAGGAUUGCAUAUGUAAUUACCCUUGUUAG